CACUCCUGAGCUAAACUUCCUCUUUAGGACAACAUGAGGCUCAAGUCUGUCACAGAAAGCUUUGCCAACAUCAUCCAUGGCUUGAAAGUGGGACACCUAACAGAUCGCGUCAUUCAGAGGAGCAAGAGGAUGAUUUUGGAUACUCUGGGUGUUGGGUUUCUUGGAACCAGAACAGAAGUGUUUCACAAAAUCUACAGCUCCAACACGUCCAGCACAGUUUGGGGACAGCCAGACUUCAGACUCCCACCUUCAUAUGCUGCUUUUGUUAAUGGUGUGGCUAUUCACUCAAUGGAUUUUGAUGAUACGUGGCACCCUGCUACCCACCCCUCUGGGGCUGUCCUUCCUGCCCUCACAGCUUUAUCAGAAGCCGCACCUCAGAGUACUAAGUUUUCUGGCCUUGACCUGCUUCUGGCUUUCAACGUUGGUAUUGAAGUACAAGGCCGAUUAAUGCGCUUCUCCAAGGAAGCCAGUGACAUUCCAAAGAGAUUUCAUCCUCCCUCGAUAGUAGGAACUUUGGGCAGUGCUGCUGCUGCGUCCAAGUUCCUGGGGCUCAGCCUGGUGGAGUGCAGAGAAGCCCUGGCCAUCGCUGCUUCUUUUGCUGGAGCACCCAUGGCAAAUGCCGCCACUCAGACCAAGCCCCUUCAUAUUGGCAAUGCUGCCAGACAUGGAACAGAAGCUGCUUUUCUGGCAAUGCUAGGUCUCCAAGGGAACAAGCACAUCUUGGACCUGGCAAGAGGCUUUGGGGCCUUCUACACCAGCUAUUCCCCUAGAGUCCUUCCAAGCCUGGAGUCCCACAGUUGGCUGCUGGAUGAGCAGGAUGUAGCCUUCAAGCGUUUCCCUGCACAUUUGGCUACCCACUGGGUGGCAGAGGCGGUCGCAUUGGUGCGACAGCACCUUGUGCUUUCAGAUGGAGCCCUGCUUCCUACAGACCACAUCGAGAAAAUUGUGCUCAGGGUUCCAGAUGUCCAGUAUGUAAACAGACCCUUCCCUACCUCAGAGCAUGAAGCCCGUCAUUCCUUCCAGUAUGUGGCUUGCACUGUGCUUCUUGAUGGGUGCAUCACUGUUCCAUCAUUCCACAAAGACCAGGUCAGUAGGCCACAGGUGACAGAAUUGCUCAGGAAGGUGAAACUAGAGCAUCCUUCUGACAACCUGCCAAGCUUCAACACACUGUACUGUGAGGUCAGUGUCACUCUUAAGAAUGGACGUACAUUCUCUGAGCACAGCAGUUCCUUCUAUGGUCACUGGAGGAAUCCACUGAACCAGGAGGACCUACAGAAAAAGUUCAGGGCUAAUGCCACUGGGGUGCUGCCUCCCAACACAUUGGAAAAGCUUAUAAAGACAGUGGAAAAGCUGGAAGAUCUAGAAGACUGUAAUGCACUGACCACACUUUUAAAAGGACCAGAGGCCACUUCAAAACAUCCGUCCUGUAAUCAUCCCAUUGCACAGUCCCUGCCCAGGCACACCAGCAUCUGAACCUCUCCACCUCUUGGGAGAUUCAAUAAUCUGCUUUAUAAACCAAGGGACUGCUGCUUGGUCUAC